CAUAAACAGCCUGCAGCAAGUUUAUGCUGUUAUAUUUAGAGCAUCUUAGAUUUUCAGGACUGUGAAAGAAAGUGAUUACUACCUAGAUCUUCUAACGUGUGUGUGUGUGUCUUUAACAGGCCUAAAAACAAAUGUGAUUAUUAUUUGAGUGAAACAGAAAGUGAAAUUCAGCAUAAGAGAAUAUCAGUGAGAGAAGAUGGCUUCUAAGUUCCUCUGCAGCCAGCACAGUGAGAAACUAAACCUCUUCUGUCUGGAUGAUCAACAGCCAGUGUGUCUGGUGUGUCGGGAUUCAAGAAAACACACCAACCAUAAAUUUCGCCCUGUAAAUGAGGCAGUUACAGACUUAAAGGAGGAGCUCAAAACUGCACUAAAUCAUCUACAGGAAAAACUAAAUACCAUUGAAACCUCUAAACUGAACUGCAGUCAGAUUGCAGAGCAUAUAAAGAUUCAGGACCAAAAUAUCGCAUGUCAGAUUAAGGAGGAGUUUGAGAAGCUUCACCAGUUCCUACGAGAUGAAGAGGCAUCCAGGUUAGCUGCAUUGAGAGAGGAAGAGAAGCAGAAGAGUCAGAUUAUGAAGGAGAAGAUUGAAAAGCUGAGCAGAGACAUAUCAACUCUCUCAGACACUAUUAGAGCCAUAGAAAAGGAGAUGAGCGCUGAAGAUGUCUUGUUCUUACAAAACUAUAAGGCCACAGUGGAAAGAGCCCAGUGCACACUGCAGCAUCCAGAGGAGCUUUCAGGAACACUGAUCCAUGUGCCAAAACAUCUGGCCAACCUGAAGUUCAAAGUGUGGGAGAAGAUGCAGAACAUUGUCCAAUACACAAAUGUAACGUUGGACCCCAACACUGCUCAUCCUAAACUCAUUGUGUCUAAUGAUCUGACCCUUGUAAGAACAAGUGAUGAGGAUCAGCACCUUCCCAACAAUCCAGAGAGAUUCAAUGAACUAUUGUGUAUCCUUGGCUCAGAGGGUUUUAACUCAGGGACACACUGCUGGGACGUCAAAGUGGGAGACAGUACAGUGUGGGUUGUGGGAGUAAUGACAGAAUCUGCUCAGAGGAAGGGUAAGAUCAACUCCAGAAGUGGACUCUGGUAUCUGAGAUAUUAUGAUGGAAUAUAUAACGCAUGUUCUACACCAGAACAAUCUAUUCCCAUCAAAGUAGUAAAUAAACUCCAGAGGAUCAGGGUGCAACUAGACUGGGACAAAGGAAAGCUGUCAUUCUCUGACCCUCUCACUAAAACACAUAUAUUCACUUUCACACAUGCAUUUAAUGAGAAAAUACUGCCACUUAUUAAUGUUGGGUGUAAAGUGUCUCCAAUGAAGAUCAUUUCACUUAAAUGCUCUGUAAGUGUGAAAUAGUUCAGUUAGGGCUAUUUGGAUUGAAUAAUUACGCAACGCUUAAAUGUAUCUUAUCGACAACUUUUAAUGAAGUAACAGGAGAAUACAAUGCUUUUUCCUUUAUUUGUGCCUCAUGACUUCUUAUCUGAUCUUCUAUCAUUACAUUUUUCACCUAAAUAUUGGGUGGUUGUUUCAUUCAUAUAGAUGUAAAUAUCAUGAAAUAAAAGUUGAAUUCAUGAGAAAUUAUGAAUAAUUAUGUGUAUGGCUCAAUGUAUAGCAAAGAUAUAUACAAAAUAAAUACACCGAAGACAAUGA